GACAAAAUCAAACGGUUAAGAGCACUAGGAGUUCCAAAAAGGGUCACACCCGAUAUUCACCUCCUUCAAAAGUUUUGGCAUUUUCAUUUUCGUCUCCACCACUAAAAAAAGCCCUGCGUCCUUCUAAUCGAUUCCAUUCGAUUUCACCAUCUUUAAAUCCUAUCAAUUUCUCAGAUCUUUCCCAGUCUUUUCUGCAACCAUGAGUAAGGGACCAGGGCUCUUCGUCGAUAUCGGCAAGAAAGCCAAAGAUCUGUUGACUAAAGAUUAUACCUCGGAUCAGAAGUUCACUGUUUCUACUUACACUGGCGCUGGAGUUGCCCUUACAUCAACUGCUCUAAAGAAAGGAGGACUUUCUACUGGGGAUGUUGCUGCAUUAUACAAGUACAAGAAUACUCAAUUCGAUGUCAAAGUUGAUACCAACUCUAACAUCUCCACAACACUUACAUUCACUGAGAUUCUUCCAUCCACGAAGACUAUUGCAUCGUUCAAAGUGCCUGAUUAUAACUCCGGCAAGUUGGAGGUUCAGUAUUUCCAUGACCAUGCAACCGUUACAACAACGGUUGGUUUGAACCAGACACCAGGCGUUGAUGUCACGGCGACCAUUGGGACACCCAGUAUUGCUUUUGGUGCAGAGGCAGGUUAUGAUACCACCUCUGGAAAUUUCACAAAGUAUACUGCUGGUAUUAGCAUGACAAAACCGGAUUCCUGUGCUUCGAUAAUUCUGGGAGACAAGGGAGACAGUAUAAAAGCAUCAUAUGUGCAUUACAUGGACCAGCUGAAGAAGAGUGCUGCCGUGGCUGAGAUCAGCCGAAGGUUUUCCACAAAUGAGAACACGUUUACUGUUGGAGGGGUGUAUGCUGUUGAUCAUCUCACUCUGAUUAAAGCUAAGCUCAACAGUCAUGGGAGGCUUGGAGCAGUGCUGCAACACGAAGUUGUACCGAAGUCGUUGUUGACAAUCUCCAGUGAGCUUGACACAAAGGCCUUGGAAAAAAGUCCCCGGUUCGGAUUGGCGCUUGCUCUGAAGCCCUAAUUAGGUUUUUUUCAUUUUUGGCUAUUCAAUGAUGCUUUUGGAAUUUGAUACCUUAAAAUUUUUUUUCUUGGUGAUUGAUAAAGGGUGGCAAUAAAUAGUUCCACAGAUGAUAAAUAUUCAUUUCUAGGUUCUCAAAGGCUGUGGAUGGAUGUUUGAUGAUACUUUAGGCUUUUCCAUGAUUCAAUAUUGUAAGUUUUGAGCCAUUUUGAUAAUGGUGCAUUUAAGCCUUGUUUUGUCGAGGUCUUCCUUUUAA